CAGUUUUAUAUGAAAUAUCAUCGAAAUAAGUUCAUUCUGAAGUAAAGAAAGGGAAGAUAAAGACAAAUAUAUGAAUAUUAUCGUAAAAUAAAUAAAUAAUAAAAAAAUAAAAUCAACAAGAUAACUGAAUGCUUGCUUGCUGUUUCUUUUGUGAGAUCAACCACGUAAAUCUUCGUAUGAAAACACUUUCAGACUACCUUUGUCGUAGCCGUUCGAUUGAUAUUUUACAUAAAAUAUUUUAUUAUUACGUACAUAUAUGUAUGUAUUUGUGUUAUUUUCGGAACUUUCAAGUGUAAAGUGAAAGUAUUUUCCAGAAAAACAUCUAACACAAAAAGUCGAGCAAAAUAUUUUGAACAAAUCAGGCCUUUCAAUGCCUUAGGACUACUGAAAAACUAAAAAAAAGUGAGAAAGUACUUAUUCUUUGUGGUGAAAAAUGGAUUAGAGCGACAAUUGCCUGUUAUCAGAACUCAAGAUAAACCGUUGGAAUACAUAGAAAUUUCAAAAACAUUACAGAUUCUUCUAACCCCAGUGAUAAAAAGUGAUUAAAAGUAAGCAUAGACGUGGUUAAAGCACUUCGUUCUGUUUCUAAACAAGUUAUAAAGUUAAACAGUUACAAUGAGAUCGGAGGAUGUCCCCCGGGUACGCCUCGCUGUUAUUGGAAACGCCGAUGUGGGGAAAUCAGCGUUGACAGUACGUUAUCUGACAGGCCGAUUCAUUGGCGAAUAUCGCUCCAACACAGAUCUGUUAUAUAAUAAAACAAUCACUUUGAAUGGCGGUCUGACGGAAGUAGAAAUCGUUGAUGUGUAUGCCGGAAACGCGGAUGAUUUUCCAAUAGAACAAGUUCUUUGGGCCGAUGCUUGCAUGGUUGUCUACAAUAUAACGGAACGCAGAAGCCUAAACUAUGCGACCAAAUGUUUGGGCGAAAUCAAGGCGUUACAAAAUGGACCAUCGGCCUACUUAAUAGGCAAUAAAGCCGAUUUGGAUCAUUUGCGAGAGAUACCUGAAAAAGAGGGUGCUGCUUUGGCCGCUGCACAUUCCAUAGGCUUUUGUGAAGUUUCCGUCGCUGAGUACACUCCCAUAUUGUCAAAGGCCUUCGAAAAAUUGAUUAUUGACUCUCGUGCGCAACCACAAAAGCAAAUUCGUAAAUUUUCCGUAAGUAAAAUGCUUGGAACCCUAAUGGGAAGCAGUGGUUAUGGUAGCAGUCGUAACUUGGCUAUAAAUCAAGGAACCGUGAUACCCUGCCAUAAGGGAGAGCUGCACAAGACCCGCCCUCUGAAGCGUCGACAAGGAUUCAUGGCAACGUCCAGUUUGUGACCGUCUGCUGAAACAGAUUGGUAAAGAGGUCACUAUCAAGGGACGGGUAAGGGAGGUUUAAGCUUUUCUAUAGACGAUAAAUGUAAAAGUGAUUUAAUACAAUUAUUAAGUGUAUCUACUACAUGUGUAUACGCAUGUACUCUUUUGUACUAGCGAAAGGACAAUGAUUUCAACUUUUUUUGUUUUGAAAUGGAAUUUGAUACACUAUCUUAAGCUAUUCUUAUUAUAAAAAUUACGCCAAAAAGUAAAACUAUCUAAGAAAGAAAACUAGAGUAAGUUAUAAGUUUUUUAUAUGGUAUACCUUACAUACACAUAUGUAUACAUAUUUGCUAUUAUUAUCUUUUUUUAAUGAAAAAAGGAAAAACUUAUAUUGCCUAUAACUAAAUAUAUAUCUAAAAUGAUUUUUAUAAAUUUACUCAUUAAUAUGCUUAUAACAAAUUUGUAGAAGAAAAGACCUUAACAUACAUACAUAUAUGUAUGUACUAAUGCAUACAUAUUUAUACAAAUCUUUUGAAUAAUACUAAGGCAGUUCGAAAUUUCAUUUGAAAACAGAAAAUUGUUGAAUUUCAAAAAUUGAAAUUAUGUAUUUUUUGCUUUCAAAAAAUGCGCCUGAAAAGAACUGUGAUAUGUAGAAAUUACAAUUAUUUUUAUUUAAAUAAUAUUUGUUAAUUAUUUUUUAAUAUUCCGCCUAAUUAUAAAUACAAAAUAUUUAGGACUAAGUUUUUAAGAAAUCGUAAUAUCGUCAGGCAAACGAAUUAUCUGAAAUUGUAACAUUUUGUUAACGCAAAUUGCUAUAAAUUUUCAUUAAUUUAGAUUCGUUGGAUUAAAUUUUUAAUCACCAUCGUUUAUUAAUUUUCUUUUAUAAAUUCCAUUCUGUUUAUAAAAGUUUAAUUUCAACUUUUUCUUUUUAAAAAGUAAAAUUGUGCGAAACAUUUUGAGACCGACUGUGACUUUGAUUGCUAAUUACGUUGAUUCGAUUAGAAUUAGAAAGUCAUAUUUUAAUAAAGUUUUCUAUUAACUAUAUUAAUAAAAAACGUUGAUUGGUCAGCAUUAUUCAAUCGAAAUACAGUAGGAAAUUACGAGACAGUGCAUGCAGUAGCUUGGCUUUGAAGUGUUUUAAGCCCAUUCAAAAGUUUUACUCGCUUUCACUUAUAAGGGCUGCUUUAAGGAAAUGUACAAUAAAUAAAUAUUAGAGCUUCAGUAAGAACGCAUUAUAUACUUUAUAUAUAUGUACAUACAUUUAUGAACAAAACAAAAUUUAUAUAUAAAAACAGAAAUUAUGUCAUUUUUUAUUUAGACUAAGCCAAAGAAAGGAACUUUUCCACUGUAUUAAAAAAGAAAGAAUUGUUUAAUAAAUUUCGUAAGAAAUUUUAUGUAACAAAAAAUAAAAUA